AUGCCGAACUUUGCUGAAGUCUACAGAUUUAUUGGAAGUGUCUUUGAUCCCACCACAUCAGGUCACCUCCACAUAUUGAAGCAGAUGGAUCCAAUAAAUAUGGAGACGAUAUUGGAAAAAGCAACAAAGGACCUUGAAAGAGCCAGAGAUACUCAUUCACUGGAAAUAGAGGUUGAGUUUUCAUUGGAUGAGCAAACGCACUGGUUUGUCCAAGCACGACCCAAUAUUGUGGAGAGCACCAACGGUAGUCAUGAUCUUCAGAUGGUGAAAAUUGGACUUAAGGUUCUCACACGUCCCAUGGGUGACCGCUUGCCUCAUAUUUACCGAACCCUAGGCGAUAAUUACAGUGAAAGGCUUCUUCCUUCCAUCAUCCAUGAAACUCUAAAAGCUAUAGUGGCUCAGAACAUUGCAAGCGAGCUCAUCACUCAGAGAGAAAUUGUGAGCAGAGAGAUACGCAAGAUUUUGACAGAGAGAGCUUCCAACUUCGACAUGAUGUCUCCAUCACUACGCUCACAUUUGGCAAAGAAGUUCACCGCUGCAAUCAAAGCUAAACAAGUGGCUGCACAGGAAGCUGAACGUGCUAAGUUCAUUGUGGAGAAAGCAGAGCAAGACAAGAGAAGUGUUGUUAUCCGUGCACAGGGAGAAGCUAAAAGUGCUCAACUUUGCGCUAAAUUUUUUUUUUUAAAACAAUGUACAUUAUAUCACGCAAGAGAUCAACAAAAGUUAUGGACUCAGGUGA